AUGUGGAUUGACGUGGCUAAUGUUUCUAUUUUAGUUGGUUGUGAGUUGAUUUCAAGUGAAAAUACAUAUACUUUUGUAUGGUUGUUUUCCGCAUGGUUGGAUUGUAUGUCAGGGAAAGCUCCAAAGGAAAUAAUAACAGACCAAGCAAGGGAGAUGCAAAAUGCCAUAGAGAUCGCAUUUCCUCAAGCUAGACACCGUUGGUGUUUAUGGCAUGUGAUGAAGAAACUUCCGGAAAAAUUUGGUGCUUAUGACAGAUAUUUGGAUAUUACUUUUGACAUGAAAGUUGUGGAGUAUGAUUCACAAACUCCAGAUGAGUUUGAACAUAUGUGGUACUGGAUGUUGGUAGAAUGUGGCUUGGAAAACAACAAAUGGAUGAAUGAUUUGUUUGAGGAUAGGAGUCGUUGGGUUCCAUGUUACCUCAAAAACAUUUUUUGGGUAGGGAUGUCAACUACUCAAAGAAGUGAACGAAUAAAUGCUUUUUUUGAUUCGUAUAUAAAUGCAAGAACUACACUUAAACAGUUUUUGGAGCAGUACGACUUUGCAUUGGGGAAGAAGGCGGAAAAGGAAAAGCUAGCAGAUGCUGUGUCCUCUCGAAAAACUAUUCCCAUAGUAACUACUUACCCCAUGGAGAAACAAAUACAAAAAAGAAAACUCCCAGAUAAGUAUAUCUUGGGAUGGUGGAGAAAAGAUGUGAUAAGAGCCCAUACAAAGAUUAAAGUGGGUUUUAAUUGUUGGAGUAACGAUGUAGAAACUAAGCGAUAUCAUGAUUUAUGCACUAAAUUUGGUGAGCUUGCUGAUUGGGUAAUAGGAGAUGAGACUCAAUAUCAUGAUACCAAUAACUGGUUGGACUGUAAGAAAAAGGAAGUGCAACUGACAAUCAUUAAAGCUAAGGAUAGCCAAAAGCUGAAGGCGAAACAAGUCGUAGAGAAUGAGGAUGAGAUGGUAGAUGAAGAUGAUGACCCUACUAUAACAGAUCCACUACGCAGGAAAAUAAAAAAAGGUCGCCCACGUAAGAUAGCUAACCAACCACCAAAGAGGUGUACGGAGAAAAAGGAUGGGUGGAAUGAUGAUAUUGAUGCAUCUCAAACACAAGCAAAUCUUCAACCCAUCGAACAACAACAACAUGGACUAAUAUAUCCUAGACGACAACAACAACAUGAGUUGAUGUAUCCGGGAUAA